GAAAAAGAAAUUCUAAAAACCGAAAACUAAUCAAAAGCAAUGUCAAAAGCAAAAUUUUAACUUUGUAUACACUUUGACGAAUGUAAAUUAAUUGUAUUUUGGUAUUAAAAUGACAAAUUUACAGAGUAAAAGGGGAUAGUUUAAGAAGUUGGAGCUCACAGUAUCUGGUGCAAUGGUUAAGUGGAGGUACUGCUUAAUUCUGGCAGUACUGCUACUCCUUCCAUCCGGGUCGGGAUCUCAAAGAGACGAAGAUUACGAUGAGGAGAGAACCGAAGACGAAGACGACGAAGGCGAAAAUGACGACGACGACGAGGAAGAACAUUCAGACAAAACUAGGCAGGGAGUAGAAAGGAGAGCUCCUGCCGUGUUGUUACGAACUACUCAUAGCCCCCUCGUUACCAGGACUACUAAAAGGCGACCGCUUGAAUGUUAUGUGUGUGCUUAUAAAUCGGAUUCACCUUUAAGAGCAUGCCUAGAUCCUACAAAGUACAGAGUUCACACAAUAACAUGUCACAGGGUGGACGACAAGUGUUUCACAUCCGUCAUAUCGAAGGGCAGCACGUACGAAGCAGUUGUUCGAGGCUGUCGGUCAGCGUGCGUUGGUACUCCUGAGAUAACAUGUUGUGAGCUCAACCGUUGCAACCAACAAGCAUUCGCUAUGCCGACACUCGUGACUCCCCAAGCGCUUGCUCAUGAAAGCAAAGCCACGAAACCUCUCCAUCCAACCGUCCUCUUCUUUGUGACAAUAUUACUGGUCUUACAGACAGUGGUUAAGGUGGCUUUUGUAUAAGGACCUUAAACCAGCAGUCGGAGCACAAUUACAGUGCGACACAUCUCAAAGCUUUUCCAACGCUUUCUCGAUGAAGAAAGGGCGGAAAAAUGUUGUCACACUAAUUUUUGCUAGGGCUGCGGCUGAUGAAAAUGAGUUUGGUACAAUAUUCUACGAAAGUACAUGAACGAACAAUAUAGAAAACUUGUGAAAAAAGCUUUUCUUUACUUUUAAAAUUUUAAUUAGUAAUUUUAUGGAUCUUUGGGUACACCAAAUCAUCCAAAUAUCUAUUUGGAUUAAAAUUAUUGUAUCAUUUAGAAGUUUUGUAAAAUAUUAGUGAUGACUGUGUUUUUAUUUAAUUUUGAGUGUAUGUUUGUUGUUUAUAAUAAAUUGUACGAGUUAGUUGAAA